GGAGGCCACACCGAGCACUGUAUAAAAGUCCCCACCUUCCUAGACACCACAAUUCACAUCCUUCAUUGAAUCCUGUUGAUGGUCAGGCUCUUCAAAUCACCCAAGAUGUCUUUCAGUGAUCAGCAGUGCAAGCAACCAUGUGUGCCACCUCCAUGUCUUCAAAAGACCCAAGAAAAGUGCCAGGCACAAGCUGAAGAAGUGUGUGUCCCCUCGUGUCAGGACCCCUGCCAAGAUAAAGGUCCACUCCAAGCUCAGGGGAUAUGUAAUCCUCAGUGCCAGGAGAUAAACCAAGGAAGCUGCCCGCAGCAAGGCCAGGACCCAUGCCUACCUCCAAGCCAAGACCAGUGCCUGCCUCAGUGUGUGGAGCCAUGCCAGGAGCUCGCCCAAACAAAAUGUGUAGAGGAGUUCCCACAGAAGAUCCAGGAGAAGUGUUCCUCCCAGGGCAAGGGAAAGUAGCGGUUCAUAUGUCAUCUGGAGUCAAGAAGAUGACCAACGCGGUCCCCAAUCUGGUGACCUUCUCCUGGGGGUAUCCCUGUAUAAUACACCUUCUUGUGUCCUGACUUCUUCAGUAUUUCAGGACUCCGUCUGUGCCUCUGAAGGUAGUUCUCUAUAUGUUAUCAACCUCUGUGAAUGAGUGCUCCCCUCUGCAGCUGGUGGACAGUCUCUACUACAGGAGUGGUGCAGUUAUCCAGGGAGACCACCGAAGCCUAACACAGCUCUCUCGGGGCAAAAGUUCAACUAGCCCUUGGUACAUAAGACCAAGGAUGCCUUCGUUCAUCUUUCAGAGUGCAAGGCUCUCUUUCCAACCUCACAAUAACUGCUUCAUGCUGGGCAUCACCAUGACAGCAAGUGUUAAGAAGAGGUCUAGGGUGCCACCAAAUCCACAAUGAUGUAAUUUUGUUUCUGCAUCCUAACAAAAAAAUUGUAAUGUGGAUAUUGUAAUGUGGUCUGUGCUGUGUAAACCUGAAACAAAAUGUUUUCAAAGAUUGAAUUCAAACAGCCACCAAGGAAGCAUAAGUUGGGAUCUUGGUAUCCCUACCUGUCUUUGUGCUUCAUGGGUGGUCUGCUUUGAUCCAUUUGGUUUGAGGGGGCUUUGGACUCUGUGAGUGGUCUUUAGUUUGUGCCUCUGUGACAG